GUGGCUUUGGCACAAACGGAACCGUUCCAUUUGUGGCAAUGUACACCUCCUAUUAUCCCGGCUCGCGCAACCUACCCAGCGGCAAGUCGGUAAACGGUGGACAGCAAGCUCAGUCGAUUGCGUACAGCCUGGACGAAGGCCUAACCUGGACAACAUACGAUGCCGCCAACCCCGUUAUCCUCAACCCGCCAGCACCCUACGCGGACCAGUGGCGUGAAUUCCGAGACCCGUUCGUAUUCUGGCACGAGCCGACCAAGAAAUGGGUCUCCGUCAUCGCACUAGCCCAACUCCACAAGCUGCUCAUCUACACCUCACCCAACCUGAAGGAGUGGACCUACACCAGCGAGUUCGGCCCAAUGAACGCAGUCGGGGGUGUCUGGGAGUGUCCUGGCAUCUUCCCGCUUGCCCUCGACGGAAACGAAGGCGAGACCAAGUGGGUCGCACAGAUUGGACUCAAUCCUAGCGGACCACCUGGAGUUGUUGGCUCGGGAACGCAAUACAUGGUCGGCAACUUCAAUGGCACGGCAUUCGUUGCGGACCCCGACACUCCACCUCCGUCUCCCACCUCCACGUCAUCGUUUCAAGACUUCGAAGGAACUGGCGAUUUUGCGUCUCGCGGCUGGGUUGCCACAGGGGGGUUGGUCGGGGCUGCACCGGCUCAGGGGACACUUUCCGGACAGCAAACCGUCUCUGGAUAUACCGGCGAUCACCUCGUGAACACUUUCUUGAACGGAGACUCUACCACCGGUACCCUCACCUCGCCGCCUUUCGACAUCACGAAGAAGCGGAUCAACUUCCUCAUCGGCGGCGGGAACGCCCCAGGUGUGCAAUGUAUCAACCUCAAGGUCGGCGGUCAGGUUGUCCGCACCGCCACGGGCAGUGAUAGCGAACAGCUCCUGCCAAAGAGCUGGGACGUUGCAUCUCUCAUUGGCCAGAGCGCCGUCAUCGAAAUCGCCGACCUCAGUACAACUGGCUGGGGACAUAUCUUGGUGGAUGACAUCUCCUUCUCGGACGUGUCGGAUGAGCCGCGAGGAACCAACUGGAUGGACUGGGGCCCUGACUACUAUGCUGCGGCAGCAUUCAAUGGGCUUCCAUCUGAGGACCGCACCAACAUUGCCUGGAUGAACAACUGGCAAUAUGCGGCCAAUAUCCCUACCUCUCCCUGGCGCAGCAUGUUGUCCAUCCCUCGGAAACUGUCACUCAAGUCCAUCAACGGAUGGGCAACACUCAUCCAGCAACCUGUUGCGAACUGGGCCGCUCUGCAAACGGGAACGUAUUCCAAGGCUCUGGACACCGUGGAUGAAGGAAACCAACCCAUCCCGCUCUCUGGGAAGUCCCUCGACAUCAUAAUGACAUUUUCUGACCGGGACGCGGCGUCCUCGUCUCAGUUCGGCCUCCUUCUCAGAUCAACCUCGGACAUGGCACAGCAGACACGGAUCGGGUACGACUUCGGCACAAAGAGGAUGUUUGUUGAUCGAUCCAAGUCUGGAAAUGUCGGCUUUGACGGGACAUUUGCCAAUACUUACUACGCGCCGCUGGCCCCUGGCAGUGACGGCAAGGUCAAUAUGCGCGUCCUUCUCGAUUCCUCUUCGGUUGAAAUCUUUGGCGGCGAAGGCGAGGUCACCUUGUCGGCGCAGAUCUUUCCCCAGGACACAGGAAUCGACGUCCGGGUUUUCUCAACUGGGGGAAGUACCAAGGGGGUCACGAUUGAUGCAAAGAUACUGGGCUCCUCCGCUUUCGGUCCGCCCACCCCCGGCACGAACAGCACGGGCACCGACCGCGCCAGCUCGACGAGUACCACUACUUUCAGCUCGACAAGCACCACCCUCAGCACGGUAGUAAGGACGACGGAAGGCCCGACCGCCACAAACACAACCACCACCGUUCGCCCUUCGGCCACUGUUCCCGUCGACUUCCGCCCCGUUUUCCACUUCGUGCCAGAGCGGAAUUGGAUGAAUGAACCCAACGGGCUAAUCAAAAUCGGCUCGACAUGGCAGCUAUUCUUCCAGCAUAAUCCCACCGGAAACUUCUGGGGGAACCUCAGCUGGGGCCAUGCAACCAGCACUGAUUUGGUAUCCUGGACUCACAAGCCGGUUGCCAUCUCCAGUGCCGAUGGCAUCCAAGCAUUCACCGGGACCGCGUAUUUGGACGCAGAGAAUCUUUCGGGGCUCGGAUCGUCAUCAAACCCACCAUACCUCGCCUUCUAUACCGGCUACUUCCCCGACACGGGGGUGCAGGACCAGCGGCUGGCAUACAGUCUCGACCAGGGCGUCACAUGGAUCAAAUACGCGGGCAAUCCGAUCAUCUCGAAGACCCAAGAAGAGCCCCAUGACAGCACCAAAGGUCUGGAGACCCGGGAUCCGAAAGUCUUCUACCACGCUCCCUCGAGCAAAUGGGUCAUGAUCCUUGCACACGGCGGCCAGAACAAAGUCACUUUCUGGACAUCGAGCGACGCCCUGGCAUGGACCUGGAGAAGCGACUUCAACGCCAGCCACGUCCCCAACCUGCCCGGCGGAAUCAAGGGGUGGGAGGUGCCCGACUUUUUCGAGCUCCCCGUCAAGGGAACAAGCCAAAAGAAAUGGGUCAUGAUCAUCACCCCCGCCACGGGCUCCCCCGCCGGCGGCAACGGCGUCUUCGCACUGACGGGCUCGUUCGACGGCGCCGUCUUCACCGCGGACCCCGUCGACCCCGCCGCCUUCUGGCUCGACCACGGCCGCGACUUCGACGGCGCGCUCAUGUGGGAGAACGUGCCCGGCCCGGACGGCCGCCGGAUCCUCGCGUCCGUCAUGAACAGCUACGGCGGCCACCCGCCGACCGACACCUGGAAGGGCAUGCUCUCCUUCCCCCGCACGCUGGAGCUCCGGCAGCGCGACGACGGCAAGCUGCAGUUCCUGCAGAUGCCGGUGCACGAGCUCGACACGUACCGGUGGCCCGUCGCCAACGUCACGGAUCAGACCGUCGCCCCGGGACAGUCCCUGCUUUCCGACGUCCGCGGCCGGACGCUCGACAUCCAAAUGGCCUUCACCCCGUCCCCCGGCUCCACGCUGUCUCUCGCCGUCCGCAAGGCGGGCUCUCAGCAGACGGUCAUCAGAUAUGUGCAGAGCUCGAAACAGCUCUCGGUUGAUCGCAAUGCUAGUGGGAAUAUUUCGUACGACUCCGCAGCGGGCGGUGUCCACACCGCGACUGUGCAGGCUGGUGCGAACGGGGAGGUGCAACUGCGUGUCCUGGUGGAUGUGUGCUCUCUGGAGGUCUUUGGGGGGCAAGGGGAGGCGGUCAUUUCGAACUUGAUCUUCCCUGAUGUGUCGGCUGACGGUGUGUCUGUGGAGGUGUCUGGGGGAAGUGUGACUUUGAGGUCGGUAGAGGUGUGGGAGGUCCUUCUUUGAGCUGGGUUGUACUGGCUCGACUGGGCAACAUGUUUAUGUCGAUCGGGUGUCUGUAGAAACACGGUCUCUACCAUGUAACUAUUUUCCUUCGUUUCUUACCUCGGUAGUCAUAGCUUUCGUACCCAAGUAUCCAAAGAACGCUCGACAGCUCCCGGGUUGGCUGAACCUGCCCACUCAACCAGGACUUGAUGGCCUUCCUUCCCCCUCGUAACAUUGUGAACUGAGGUGCGGGGUUACGUUGGCGGCUCCAACGGCUUUUUGUGUAGGCCCGUCUUGAUUUCGCUGUUGGAUUUUGGAGCGUAG